AUGCCUACACCAUUUAAAGCAGCAGCUGUUCAUGCUGCGCCAAUCUUUAUGAACAAGGCUGCAACGACUGAAAGAGUCAUUCAAUAUAUCAAAGAAGCAAAAGAAGCAUCAGUUGAACUUCUUGUCUUUCCCGAGACAUUUAUUCCUGGCUAUCCAUAUUUCAUUAAUUGUUAUCCAAUCUAUACUCAAUCAUCAGUACUCGCCGAAUAUAUUGAACAGUCUGUUGAAAUCUUCGGACCAGAAAUUAACAGUAUUCAAGAAGCUUGUCGUGAUUAUGGUGUAUGCAUUGUUCUAGGUAUUUCUGAGCGAAUGUCAGGUACUCAUACAAGCUUUAAUACUCAAGUUUUUAUUGAAAGUGAUGGUACACUUCUCGGAAUUCAUCGAAAACUUCAGCCAACAGGCGCUGAAAAAAUUAUUUGGGCAAACGGAGGUGGUUACACUUUGCGUACUUAUCCUUCAAAACAUGGCAUUCUUGGUGGUUUACCUUGUUGGGGUAAUGCAAUGAAUAGUGCACGGCAAGCACUUAUUCAACAAGGUGAACAGAUUCAUGCAGGUGCAUGGCCUGCUCUAAGUGCCAUGGUUGGUCUUGAAGAAUUGGCCGAUGUUCAGAUUGAUGCCAUGAUGAAAAAUCAUGCAUUGACUGGUCAAUGUUGGGUAAUCUAUGCGUCCAGUACGGUCGAUCAAUGUUGUCUUGAUUGGAUGGAGACUAAAUUAGGUAAACAAGAAUUGAUCAAGAGUGGAGGUGGCGUAAGCGGAAUUCUUCAUCCUUUUAACAUAUAUCUUGCUGGGCCUCACAAAGGUUUGGAACAAAAACUCGUCAUCGGUGAAAUUGAUCUUAGUCAACUUGGUAUAAUCAAAGUUUUCAUAGAUUCAGCUGGACAUUAUAGUCGACCAGAAGUUCUUCAGAACGAUAUUAAUGAUGUUCCAAUUUGGCCAGAUGAGAAAAAGAUGACAUUUCCCAUCAAGAAGGCUCCUACUUUAAACAAAAACCAAGAAGGUGAUACUGCAGUUAUUGCGGAUGCAGAAUAA